CUUCAGUCAGCUGCUCUUAAAAGACGUUUCUACUUUCUAGGUUGGAUUUUGUUGUUAAUGAUAUCAGGCUCCCCAUGUGGUAUUUAAAUUCUCGUGCCGGUCCUUUUUAUUGAUCGUCAAACUAUUUCCAACUUGAUUUAUUAAAAUUGUGGCGCAAUUAAAGUUUUCGUAACUUUAUAAUAUUCGUAAAUUUUGUUGAGUAUAGAAUGGUAGACGAGGGCGUCCAGGUGGAGAGCAAAAAGGCAGCGAAGAAGGAAGCGAAAAAAGCGGAAAAGGCCGCCAAAAAGGCAGAACAUAAGAGUGAAAAGGGCAAUACAGAACAACCGGAGGCAGAAGAUGUCUCGGUGGGAAAAUACGGCACCCUUCCUCUAAUCCGCUCGGAGCCGCGUUCUGUGCAGCGCACUUUCACUGACGCCAGCACUUUGGACCGUUCCAAAAACAACACGAUCGUCUGGGUACGUGGCAGAGUGCAUACCUCAAGGGCCAAGGGCAAGCAAUGUUUUGUCGUACUCCGCCAACGCAAUUUCACCGUCCAAGUCUUGGUCAGUGUUUCUGAAACCAUCUCGAAAGCCAUGGUCAAGUUUUCGAGCAAUAUUUCUAAGGAAAGCAUUGUUGAUUUAGAGGCAGUCGUAAAGGAAGCUCCAUCAGCCAUUACCUCCUGCACCCAGAGUCAUGUGGAACUAGUCGCGUCCCAGAUUUGGGUAGUUUCAGCUUCCGUCCCGCAAUUGCCUUUACAAAUUGAGGACGCUAGCAGACCAGAAAAGCCGGAGCAAGAAGACGGUCCCAAUAUCCGAGUCAACCAGGACACGCGGUUGGAUAACAGAGUACUGGAUCUAAGAACGCCCACCAAUCAGGCCAUUUUCCGCUUGGAGGCGGGAGUGUGUCGCCUGUUCCGCGACGCGCUGACGUCACGGGGUUUCGUGGAAAUCCACACCCCAAAAAUUAUAUCUGCCGCCUCCGAAGGUGGCGCGAACGUGUUUACCGUCAGCUACUUCAAGGGGUCUGCAUAUUUGGCGCAGAGCCCGCAACUCUACAAACAGAUGGCGAUAGCAGCUGACUUCGAUAAGGUGUUCACGGUUGGGGCGGUGUUCCGCGCGGAAGACUCUAACACUCAUCGCCAUUUGACGGAAUUCACGGGGCUCGAUCUCGAAAUGGCCUUCAAAUAUCACUACCACGAGGUUAUGUUGACCAUAGGCGAUCUUUUCACAGAGAUAUUCAAAGGAUUGCGGGACCAAUUCAGCACAGAGAUCGACACAGUGAAUCAACAAUACCCCGCAGAACCAUUCACGUUCCUUGAACCGCCGCUGCUGUUGCGAUUCGACGAAGGGCGAAAAUUGUUGGCGGAGGCUGGCGUAGAAGUCGGCGAAGAAGACGACCUGAGCACUCCCGACGAGAAGUUGCUAGGAAGAAUUGUAAAGUCCAAGUACGACACCGACUUUUACAUCCUGGAUAAAUAUCCUUUGGCAGUGCGACCAUUUUACACCAUGCCCGAUCCGGUUGAUCCCAAAGCGUCCAACUCGUACGACAUGUUCAUGAGGGGCGAAGAGAUACUGAGCGGGGCUCAGAGGAUACACGACCCUGAGUUUCUGACUGAGCGGGCAAAACACCACAAUAUCGACUUAUCAAAAAUAGCUGCUUACAUCGAUGCUUUCAAGUAUGGUUGUCCGCCGCAUGCGGGAGGUGGUAUAGGGUUGGAGAGGGUGGUCAUGUUGUAUUUGGGAUUGGAUAACGUGAGGAAAACUUCAAUGUUUCCCCGAGAUCCUAAGCGGGUCACCCCUUAAGCAGAUGCUGGCAUCAUUAAAUUGUUCCCUAGUUUAAAUCAUUCUGUUUUAUUGAGCGCC